GCUGCUCAUCGGCCAGAUGUACCACAGUGGCUACAAUGUCAACAAAUGCAGGCGCAAGAUACCUUGCAUAUUGCAUACAAGAAGAGGACCAGGAAAAGAGAAGACGACAUGGAUGCAUACAAUAGAGCAAAAGAAAGUGAUCCGCAGUUAUACCGAGAGGCUUCCAGUCUUUAGUAUGGGAAGGCUCCACUUGAUCUUGUGGGUGGGAGGGUGACACGGCUCGGUCCGGCUUUUCCCAGCCGUUCUAGCUCUGGCAGUUCUGGUGCUAUGCUGGCCGCAGCCUCCCGUCGCCCGUCGUCAGCACCUGCUCCAUGAUACAAGGUAUGUGGGAUGUUGAGCAAGACAGCCUAGAUGAAAACGGUUGCUACCUCAAGGUUUAUAUAUUAUUGUCGCUUUCUCGAAGAGAACCGUAUUUGGAGGUGCCAUUGAAUCACCGAUGCUCUGUUUUAGCCCUUGUCAUGGCUCUCUUCAGGAGUGCCCUGAACCUGCAAGGGCAGCAAGGGAGAAGUGGAGCUGGCCAGGAGGGAGCCAUGGUCAUGGCGGUGUUCGCUGUUGUCCGCCCGGGGCUGCACUGCGUCCUCACAAGCACAACGUGUAACCGCGUCGAUGAACAAGUCCGAGCGCAUCGCCAGUCUACUUUGUACAUCGUAGCAAGCAUGGUUUUAAAGGCGUCGCCUAGGCGUCGCCUAAGCGACGCUUAAGCGUCCGAGCGCCCGGAGAUGGCAAGGCGUCGUGCUCGCCUUAGGAUCUUGUCUAAGGCGUCCAGAUUCGCCCUUUGAGGCGUCCAAGUCGUCGCUUAGGCGGGGAAAGCGUCGCUCUGGCCCAUUUUGGACGCCAUGGACAAGUCAAGCGGAAGCAAAGGAGGCGAGCGGGAACCAUGGCGAGAACUCAGAAAUUGGCGAGAAAUUGGGGGCCAGAGAGAGGGGAAACAGAGGGGAGAGAUAGAGGGGAACAGACCAGUCAAGAAUCGAAUCAGUUGAGAGAGAUCUCGUCCUCCAUCCUCCUACGCCGGCCUCCCCUUCUCCGGCCAGCACCCUCCCCUUCACGGACGCCGGCGUCCUAGGAGUCUGCAGCACCGCCGGCGAGCGCG